AUGAUUUACGCAGCAGCUUGUCAAAGAAUUCAAACCCGAGCCAAACUCACCAACGAAAACCUCAAAAAAGCCUUCGACUUCGUCAAAAUAUUCACCGACUUAACAGGAUUCCUUUAUCCAUUACACAGCUAUGACCUGCAAGUCGAAAUCUGCGUCAAACUGGCCCUGUUUCAGCUUUUACUCUCGGAUAAAGAUGCUAUUAAGGAAUUUGAGAAGCUAAGAAGCUAUAUGGCUAGCGGGCCUGCUUUCAACGCCAUGAAUACUUCUUCACCGGUGGUGGACAGCCGGUUUAUACAUUAUCUUGCUGAAGAGGCGGGGUUUAUACCCCCCAGUCCGAGUGAGAUUUCUCCACCAUCUUCUCCAAUGCGAACGGAUGGCCCUUCUAAAGGUAAGGGCUUCGGCAGUAUUUCACAGACUAGGGUACAACUUGCCUUGAUGGAAAGCAUUAUCCACACUCUUGUUCAGAGUCGGUCAUCCAUAGGCCAACAGAACGAAAAGGGAAUAAAAAUUCAAUCCGAGAAAUUCAAUAUGGAGGGUCUUUUCAAGAUUCUCCCAAAUUGGAUUUUCCCUUUGGAUGAGUUUGACGAAGAGGAGUAUGGAAAAAUAUACCUUCCCGUAACCGAAAACUUCGUCGGGUUUACCAGAGCGGUAAGUCAGAUCUCACUCACCCUCAUCGAGCAAACUAAAAGUUCUCCAAUAUCAGGCCAAACCAUAACUGACUCCCAAGAGAUAUAUCAGGUAUCUACCAUAAUGGCAGCCUGUAAUACUCAUCAUAGCAAACUCCAAGUUCCCCGAGUUGCAUUAGAAGAAACUCUAAACUGCUAUACAUCCCUCAGAAAGUCCUUCCAGCCCCACCCCCAACUCUGGAAAUUCGCCGAUGCCUACCUCCGAGGCUUCGUAGGCGCAACUCUUGGAAGCAGCGAAGGGUUUAAAAAUUUAUUCAUGAGCGACUGGAAGAUAGUUCUACAGAAUGAGUGGCAUAAGAAACGGACAUCCACGAAUAUGUUUUCGUAUCGAAGAAUGAGUGCUGCGAGUAAUGCAAAUGAGAUGGAAGUUGAUGAAGUAGAAGUUCCAAUUAAAUCUGAGAGUGUGAGACGCAAGAGUAUUGUGGAAGAGUACGAUAGCUGGGAGUUUCUUCGCUAG